AAGACCGUGUCGCUGCUUAAAACGACUUUCUUUACGAUUUACGAGUACGGAGGGAGUAUUUACUAUAGAGGACUUUGAAUUUCAUCGGGAUCGGCUGACCUCGAUGAUCAUUACUAGAUCCUGUCACGCAAGCCCUAUGGCAUUUGUUACCGAAUUUUUUUAUUUUUUAAGACCUUUUUAUGUUUUGAUUUUUUAGUAGACUACUUCAAAAAAUAUUUUCAUAAACCGAAACUUUUGGCCACCAAAAAGCCGAGUGGCUGGCGUAACAAGUUGUUUGGCCACGCCGGCCACAGUGGCGUGGCAAGAGAGGAUGGUGUAGAAGGCCAGCAUUAUCACGUAGCGCGCAGUCAAAAGGUUCAGAUUUGAAAAUAUUUUUUAAAAGGAAAAGGUACAAAUUAUCCAUCCGAACUAACGCGGUCGUCCGAAUUACCCCUCUAAACCUGAAAAACAGACAUCAUUCACCCUCAACUUUCAAUACAUGACAAAUUACCCCCAUCGACCCAAUCCAAAGCGGUUUUGUCCUACGUAGCGUACACAUGGCAGUCCAGUCAGCAUUUUAUUUAUUAAAAAAUAUGGGACCCACCUGUCAUGCUCCCCCCUCUCUUCUCUCUCACUCUUCCUAUCGCUUUCUCGCCAGUCGGCGGCAGGCGGGGGACGCAGCGACGGUGGCGUGGGACGAGGAGGCGGCGGCCGCGGCCACGACGAGCAGCCGCCCCCUCGGCGCGGACCCCCUUGCCCUCCACGUCGCCGCCUCCCCCUCCCUCGCCGACGUGUCCACCGCCGCUGCCACCACCACCACCACUCCCCACCUCGCCGCGUGCCCCCGUGACCUCCUCCUUGAUCCCCCGCCUGUUUAUACUCAUCUCGUCACCCGCCUCAUCAUCAACAGCAGCAGCAGCAAAAGAAGAAGAAGAAAAAAGAGUGAUCCAGCUAGCUCGCCUGAGUUCAUCUGCUGUGUAAUUUGAGUAAUUAGCAACAAUGGCGGCUGCUACCAUGGCGCUGAGCUCCUCCUUCGCCGCCGCCGCCGCUGUUGGUGCGCCAUGGCGUGGUGUCGUCGGCGCCGGCCGCGCCGCGGUUGGCUUCCCGCCUCGCCGGCGUGCUGUCACGCUCGUCGUCAGGGCCCAGGCCGAGCCGGAGGUGGAGCCGACGAAGGAGGAGACGAUCACGUCGACUCCGAGCCCCGUGGCGGCAGCGCCCAAGGCGAAGCCGGCGGCGAGCACGGGGCUGUGGGACGUGCUGGCGUUCAGCGGGCCGGCAACGGAGCGGAUCAACGGGCGGCUGGCGAUGGUGGGGUUCGUGCCGGUGCUCGCCGUGGAGGCGUCGCGUGACGGUGAGCUCUUGGAGGAGGCCACCAGCAGGGGCGGGCUCGCGUGGUUCGCCGCCACCGCCGCCGUUCGUCCGUCCCGCCCGCCGCGCAGCCGCUUCCGCGUCCCCCGCCGCCGCCGCCUCUGUCCGUCUCCGCGCCGAGGGGGCGGCUGCUCGUUGUGGUCGCCGCCUCCGUCUCUGCGUCCCGUGCCGCCACCCGCACCCGCCUCCAUCCGUCCCCGCGCUGAGGGGUGCCGGUUCGUCGUGGCCGCGGCCGCCACCGCCGCCUCGUCGCCCGCCGCCGCAGCCGCUGCGUCCCCCGUCUGUGCCGACCGGCGAUAAAGUGAGAGGAAGAGUGAGAGAGAGAGAGAGUGAGAGAGAAGAGAGAGGAAGAGAGAGAGAGGAGUAUGACAUGUGAGUCCCACAUUUUUUUAUAAAUAACAUGCUGACUGGACUGCCACGCAUACGCCACGU